GUUUGUGAAAAUUAGAUUUUUUGUUCCAAAUAAAUUCCGAAUUUUGACCCCUUUAUUUACAACUUUUAAUUCGAUCUCAGGCUUCAAAGGUUUAAAUAUGCAUUUGAUCUGAAGCAGGAGAAGAAAUUCUGAGUGGUGUAGACCAAUUCAAAAGUGGUGAAAGUGCAUCAAACUGUAGUUAAAUGAUAAGUUGUCCUGAAAAGCUUGUAUGGUGACAGUCACCACCUACUUUGUUUGUCAGUGAUCUCAGUACGUGAAGAUGCAUCGGCCUCCGCACAACCCCCACUCUCAAAACAGAGGGCAUCAGCAGCAGCAGCAGCAGCAGCAGCAGCAACAGAGAAAUGACAGGCAAGACCAGGGACCGUCUCAUAAUAUUGCACAGCAUCCCCAAUAUAGACAUACACAUCCUGGACACAGGCCAAAUGAUUUCACCAUCUCUGACGUAUUAACACAGUGUAUAGACUCAGUCAUGCAUGACCCAACUCCUCAGCAUUUGCAAAAUGCUAUGACCACGCAGGCAGAUUUUGCUGCAUUGCUCAGGCCGAAACCUUUGAACUCUAAACAAAAUCCUAAGCAAGCAGCGAUGGCUGCUCACAUACAAUCUCAACAGCAAAAUCCAAAGCAGGCUGCCAUGGCUGCCCAUGUUCAAUCACAACAGAAUCAAAAGCAUGUAGAACAAUCGUACCCAACUUAUCCUGGACCGCAUAUGGACAAUCCGCAGAUGCAAAUGCAACAACAAAAUCCGGGAAACCAUGGCAACCAGCAACAAAAUCCAGGAAACCAUGGCAACCAACAGCAAAAUCCAGGAAACCAUGGCAACCAGCAACGACAGCAAGAUCCGGAAUUCCCCGACUUCACAAGGUCUGAUGAAGACAUGGAUCAGUCUGGUCGACAUGGUGUGCAACUGCAGACACAAAAUCAAAACCCUCCACAGCAGGACUUUAGGCGACAGCAAGUAGGAAAUGGACGCCUGAAUAUGAAUCAGAAUGUUGUGGAUGUUGAUCCAAACACAGCUCGUGUUAGAGAAGCAUAUCAGGAGGAAUUGAUGAAUACUCCCUGGUCUGGACAGAAUUUGUCUCAAACAAUGAGGCAGACUGAGCCCACAGCAGACAGCGAUACCGAGAGCCAUAGGAAUCCAUUUGCUGCCUUACAAAUGCCACUGGGGUCAGAACCUUCUCCACCAGUCCAAGAGAAAAGAGGUACUGAUUCUCCAGUGGACACAGUGGAUGAAACCAUAGCUGCUAUAGAUGCAAGAAGAAGCUUUCACCCGGACCCAAGCCACCACCAACACAAGUUCAGCAACGAGAGGAGCCAAGUCAUGCAGGUCCCUCCUUCCUCAGAGCACCCCCUGACCACCUCCCAUUGUACCCCCACGACACAUACACCCCACCAGCCUCCGCAACCCUAUCAUUCGGAGGGCCCCAUACCUCAAUGGGUACAGCUGUCGGACAGUAUGCUUCACCCAUAUCCACACCAGCAGUAUUCCCACAGCAUAGGAGCUUCCUUUCCUUAUAAGGUUCCUGAUCUCAGUAAUCUAGCUCAGGCUUCCUUCCGUUGCAUGUCAGCCGCAGAACCCCAAGCGAGUGAGCAAGCACCCUUCCCUUGUGAACCCAAACUAAACAAAAACUAUAAAAGUGAAGCUUCUAUGACAAAUUCAAAAAAACUGAGUGGAACAAGGGUUGAAAUGCUGCAACCUGGAAAUUUGAAUAUUGCUUCUCAAGAUGUUAAAACUACAGGCCUAACACCAAAAAACUUCCAACACAUCAAGUUGGACCCACGGUAUCUUAAACCUUUCAAGUGUAACAUUUGCUCAGUAGAUUUUGCAACUAUUGGUGAACUUUCUCUGCACCAAUCUGUUCAUGCUCCAGUUCCUUUAAAUGAAGGGUCAAGGAAGGAGGAACUGGCUAUUUGUGAGAAGUGUAGUGUUGGCUUCAAGCGAAUGGAUGAUCAUCUGUUCCAUGUCUCACUACAUAAUGCUGAGGAGGACUCAAUGGACAUUAAAUCUAGAUUAACUGCUACAGAACGUUUUCAAUGUGGGAAUGUCACUACAGAGUCAUUGCAGUGUCCAGCGUAUCACCAAAGCGUUGACGCUCACAAUGAAGAGGACAUAAGACCUAGACGAAGUGUUUUAGUGAGUGAAUCUGGUGAUGUCGAUGCGGACCGCUUGUUGCAUCAAACUGUUCACAUAAAACAAGAGGUUUGCCCUGCUGCAGAAUUUAGAACUACUGAAUAUGGUGAUGAGAAUGACUUCAUUUCAGCAGAAUGUAUCACUGAAACUAAAGAUAGUCAGUCAAGGAAAAUCCCUUGUAAAGCCAGGAAGAGUUUUAGUCCACGAGUUCGCACUGCUGCAGACGGUAUUGAAACUGUAGAUAGUGCCUCAUCAGUGUCUCUUAAAAAGACUAAGAAAGCCAGUAAAGCGUCUUGUCAUAGGCCUACAGGAAACAGAGCACCUCUGCACUUGAGUUCUGGUUCAAGUCCCAUUGCAAAUUUGAAGUUCAAGCCUGCCAAGUUGAACUUACAGAGUGCAAAAUCAAAUUCUGGUUGGAAGCAAUUUAUUUGUAAAACCUGUGGGAAAAGCUUUGCAAAGAAAUCAACGUUGACAGUUCAUGAAAUCGGCCAUGUCUCCGAAGGCAAGAUUUACAGGUGCAACAUUUGCAGUUUGGGGUUCUUCAGUUGCGCCGAUUGUGUGCGUCAUGAAAAAAUACAUGCAGGAGAAAUGCCAUUUGCAUGUUCGCAUCCACAAUGUGGUCGUGGAUUCAUGAAAAAGUCUGCGCUUACAAAACAUGAGUUUAGUCACAGCAGUGUCAAGACUUAUAAAUGUAAACAUUGUGGUCGUGGAUUUAGACAGCGCCGGAACCUUCAUGUACAUGAGCAAAUCCACACACGGGAAAAAUUCAAUUGCAACCAGUGUGAAAAAGUCUUUAACACGAGUUUGAAACUGAAGGUACAUUUACAAAUUCAUAAAGGAGAGAAGCCAUUUAUUUGCAACAUCUGCAGAAAAGGCUUUGUGAAGAGGACUAGGUUACGAGACCAUAUGUUUGUUCACACAGAUCAAAAACCUUAUUUAUGUCGGGAUCCGGAUUGUGGCCGUGGGUUUAUAUCUCGUGAUUUAAGGAGGCAUGAGCGAAUUCAUUCUGUCAAUAACCCUUUUAAGUGUGGGACAUGUGGUAAACAGUUCAUGCGACAGAGCCACCUGGUAGAGCACGAGGGAAUUCAUAUUCCGAGCCAGGAGCGAGCUUUUCCGUGUCUUGAAUGUGAUAAAAGAUAUUUCACGGCCAGAUCGUUAGCGCGGCACUCGACUACCCAUUCUGAAAUCAAGCCAUUUAAAUGUUCUUUUUGUAGUAAAGGUUUUACUCGUAAGAAUCAUCUGACAGAGCAUGUGCGUACUCAUACUGGUGAAAGACCAUUUGCUUGUCAGUUCUGUGAAAAACGCUUCAGUAAGAAAGGUCACAAGAACAAGCAUGAACGGAUUCAUACAGGAGAAAAGCCUUUCUCUUGCAAUGACUGUCCGAAAAAAUUUACUAGCGGGAGUUGUUUAAAGCGCCAUCAAUCAAUCCAUUCUGGUGAAAAACCUUAUUGGUGUGAACAGUGUGAUAAACAGUUUUCGCAACCUGGCGGGUUGCAUCAUCAUCAGCGCUGUGCCCACACUGAUGAAAAACCUUUUAAAUGUUCAAAAUGUCCCAAAGGUUUUACAAGCAAAAGCUACUUAGCCAAACACGAACAAAAACACACAGAACCGUUACCUUUCAAUUGUACAAAAUGUAACAUGGGAUUUGUCUCGGCAAUGAAAUUGGAUUCGCAUGAUCGAAAAAUCCAUUUAGGUGAAAACCCUUACAAGUGUACAACAUGCAAUAAAGUGUUACGCAGUUCAAGUGAUUUGACACGACACAUUCGCAUCCACACAAACGAGAAGCCGUUCCCAUGCACAGAGUUAGGUUGCGGAAAGUACUUCAGGAUAAAAUCAGAUCUUACAAAACAUAAACGUAUUCAUACUGGGGAGAAACCAUUUCUUUGCAAGUGGUGUGGUCAGCGUUUUACAGGGAGCAGCCACUUGAUCACGCAUGAAAGGAUCCACACUGGUGAAAAACCAUAUGAGUGUGAAUACUGUAAGCGUAAGUUCAAUAAGCGGUGUAACCUGAAUGCGCAUGUUAGGAUACAUCUUGGGAAACCAUCGCGGAGGAAGCCAAAAAAUCUGGCUAGUGCUAGUGUAGGAAGUGUCGGCGCUUCUGGUGUCAUUGGUGUUGGAAGUUCUGGUGCUGGCGUACAUGUACCUCUUGCAUUGGGUUCAGAACAUGCCCCCAGAAAACCCAUUACCAUGACAGCAGAGUCCUCACUUAACAGUACUGGUUCUAUUUUCAAUCCCUCUAUGUUCCCUUGAGUUGAGUUAGUAUUGUCUUUCGAUGCUGUGAUUCACAGAGGACAAUAUACGCUACACAUUUGUAUGUUGAAAUAGGAUAGAUAUUCUUUUAGAAUCUGUUUAAGAAAAGAUCUAAACUUUCAGUCCAUGAUUAUAAUGUGACAAGUCAGUGUGUUAGAAAUGUAUCUAAUUAAUGCCUUGUUCAUCAAGACAAUUUUAAUCAAAACCAGAUGACAACUGCUCUCUAUUGGGUAUUUUAUACAAGAUGUUGAAUCUCAUUCUUAAGUUUGUUAGUUCCCUGUCUACACACUAGGGUGAAACAGACGGUUAAUUUUGCCUGCCUCCAAUUGCCACAAAAGCACUGCUUGUUGACUUCGACAGUUUGGAAUUGAGACCAUACUGGCCUGUUUGAGCCAGCAGGCAUUAUCAAUCUUCUUAUCAACAUAUUUAGUUAUAAAAAUGGGAACUAACCUUACCGAGAAAACAGCCUAGGUGCUAGCACAGCAUCAAUUACUUUAAUAAAUCGUUUCUUGUGUGUGCAUGCGUGUUCAUUUUGAGGACAUGUAAUAUGAUAGCGUAGUAGUUGUAGGCCUUCCAGAGUUGCAUACGUUAUUUUGGUUUUGCAUGUAUUUAUGUUUGUCACUUAUGUCAGUCCUUUAUUCUAUUUAAGUUUUAAGUGAUAAAAGUUAGACUAGGAUCACACCAUAAGUCAUAUUCAUAAAAGCUCCUUUGAUACUCUGUUCCACCAAUCUAAGAUUGUUUCUAACUGAAGAAACUGAAGAUAUCAUGCCCAUAGUCGUUCGAUUAUAAUGUUAAAUUAAGUAGACAAUGCUUUGACAACACCGCAUUGUCCGAUGGUCAGAAAGUCAUGUUCCGACUUGGCCUGGCUUUGAGUUGAUUUUAUUUGUGGAAAGUAUUAAUGAAGCGGUCUUAAAUUAGUGACAGAGUAAGUGAAAAAACCGUAUCAUAUAUUUUAGAGUAGUUGUCUGAUAUAGUGGCAGUCCUUGGGUCCUAAUACACUGCCAUGACUAAAAAGAAGGGAAGAAGGGUAGUUCUGUAAAUUUGAAUCUACUAAAAACAUGGCCAUAUGACAUAUGGUAGAAACUUCACCCCACUCACUGGUAAAUGUGGGGCAGAGUCCACUCAUUCAAAUGUUUAGAUUCAUUUACACUCAACAGCAAAACCGGUAAAAACUAUUUUCAGUGCAAAGAUUUUUAGCACUGUCUUUUGUUAGGCCAAGAUAGCAGAUAUACUAAUCAUGUUCAACGAUACAUCACAAUUCUUUUGGUUUUUUUAAAGUAGCCCAUUGUCUUUUGGUGAGCUGGUUAUUUUAUUAGACAGUCCACUUGUAAUUAUUGUUCUGGAUCACAUUAACUUGGGCAAAGACAGAUGUCUUCUCUAAAUUGCAUAAUCUUUAAAUUGUAUCUUUGGCAUAGCUUAAUUUUGCGUUUUGAGAACACUGUAACAGUAAUUUUGAUGAAAUAUUAUUAUUAAAAUUUUUAAAAAACUUGAAAAUUUCCCGAUUAAGAGUAUGAGAACACAGUUUCUAUGAGGAGGUAUUUUGCCCGUUUGGUAAAAUCAUACAAACGUUUAGUGGACAUGUUAAUUGUCAUUGCAGUAUGUAUUAACUUAUUAAUUUACUUAUUAACUGAUUGAUACAUAUACAAAGCAAAGGCACACCAUGUAUAUUAUUGUCCCUUAUUAUCAUUAAAGUUUAGUUGAAAAGCA